AUGGGAAAUUGUGAUGAACAAAAAAAGCAACGAUGGUAUUGUCAAAUCCUGUUCAGUUUCCUGUUAGUUGCAUUGGAAAGUUUAAUUCGUAUUUGCACAUUAAUUUUGCCUUCUCCUUUAAGAAUUUGGUUUUAUGAGCAGUCCAAAAAAAUAUAUUUGCGGUUCCUUCCCGAAUUUAUGGAAGACAAUGAAGUUUACCAAAUGACUGCAGCCAGGGAUACCGUUGACUUAUGCCAACUCCAUGGAUACGAUUUGGAAGAACAUUUUGUGCGAACAUCUGAUGGCUACCUACUUUGUCUACAACGUGUCUAUAAGGCCGAAGAACAGGAAAGUUUGUCGAAAUUAGCGUAUAAACCUCCUGUGCUUUUUAUUCAUGGGCUCCUUAUGAAUUCUGAGAUUUGGGUUUGUAACAUCAAGAGAGAGGACUCGAUCCCCUUCGCGCUUGUUGAUCAAGGCUAUGAUGUAUGGCUAGGGAAUCUGCGAGGAAACAAAUAUAGCAAGAAAAAUGUCAAGUAUGGCUCCGAAAGUCGAGAAUUUUGGAACUUCACUCUCGACAGCAUAGCGAUUUUCGAUAUACCUUCAAUUGUUAAAUAUAUACUUUCUGUAAACAAAUCGGACUCAGUUGCAUUCGUUGGGUUUUCUCAGGGCGCUAUCAUGGCUUUAGCGGCCUUGUCCAUUGACAAUGAACUUCGAAAAUCUGUUCGCGCAUUCAUAGCACUUUCACCUGCUAUCUUUCCUAAAAAAUACAGCAGCAAAACGGUAUAUUCGAUUAUUAACUCGAAUAGCCAAUUAUUAUACUUAUUGUUUGGUACUCAUUCCAUGCUUGCCUCAACAAUUUUCUGGCAGGCAGUACUGUAUCCUCCGGUGUUUUCUAAAAUUGUGGAUUCCUGUUUACGCUAUUUUAUGGAUUGGAAUGGGAAAAAUAUUUCUGAAGAACAAAAAAUUGUUGGCUAUUCCCACUUGUAUUCUUUUACUUCUGUUAAAUGCUUUGUACACUGGGCACAAAUUAUGAAAAAUAAAGUCUUGCAAAUGUAUGACGAUAGUCCUGGUAUUAAACCAAGUUAUUAUACAAACCUAAACCGAAUUGCGCGGUAUCCUAUUGAAAAUAUUCGGGUUCCCAUUAUCAUGAUCUACGGUAGCGAUGAUAAUAUGGUGAACAUUGAUGCUUUAAGAUCCUGCCUUCCUCCAUUGUCUCAGUGCAUCCAGAUCCCCCAUUACGAACAUUUAGAUAUGUUGAUCGGUGAUAAAAGAAAAACUUUAGUUAUCAAUCAGGUAAUUGAACAGUUAGAUCAUGUUGCAGCAGGGGAUUAUUAUGACUCUAUAAAAGAGGAGUUUGGACUGGCAUCCGAUCUGGUUGACGGCUUCAUGACUUCUUCAUGA